AUGGCCUUCCUCAAGCUAGCGGGAAAUGUACAGCGCACGUCUGCAAUCUUCCCCAAGAAGAAACCAACCUUCUAUCCCAGCAAUGGACCACCCCGCAGCCUGUUCACCAUUACCGUAGACCAGCAGUUCCGUCAGCUGCAAUUGGUCCAGGAUUGCCUCAACUUCUACAAGCGUGAGGAUGAGGUCUCCACGGCUGUUGAGGAAGUGUAUGAGCAAGUUGGACAACCCAACCGAUCCUGGCAAGAGACCGGGGACAGGCAAAUAACGAGCUUGGCUAACCGCGGAAAAUUGGUACACCGUCUGGGGACCAUCUUUUGGGCCAACUACGGAAACAAACUGCGAGUUUUCGACAACGACGCCCAUACAACUCCACUGCCGUCCACUCAAGAUGUCGUCAGGUUCAAAUGGUGCAAGGCGCGUUGCCUCGUUGCUGAGGCCAUCAAUAGUCGACUCCGGCGUGUGCAGAAGCUGUCAAGAGACCAUUGGCCGCCGCAGCUAUGCCACAGCCACUCCAGCAGCAACCGAAUCGACAACGACUCCCCCGUCGUGGAUCCCGCAUACACCAUCAACGCCGGUGUCGUCCUCUCCCGCCCUCCCCAAAUCACCCGUGAACUCGAGCCUUUCGAGAAAGCGUUCUUCUUCUACCAGAAGCGUCUGAACGAGCGUCUGGCCCUCCCUUUCACAAAAUACUUCUACUUCAAGCGCGGAACGCCACUUGAUGAGGAUUGGAAGAAGAAGAUCCAGGAGCGCCGGACCGCCGCCCGUGAUAUUGGAAAGUACAACGCGUACGACAACGAUGCGUGGAACGAUGAGCUUGUGCUCGGUGCCCAGGAGGCCGAGCCUGCACACCAUAUCGAGGCUCUUGUGCAGGACGCGGAAUCCACUGCCAAUGCGACUUCCCAAGAUACCAGCAAAAAGGAGGAAAUUCCCCGCCCGCACCCCCGAAUCACCGAGGCAGACCAGAAGAACGACCAGAAGAGCCUCAACCGAUUGCUUUCCCGCACUCUUUACCUCCUUGUUCAGUCCAAGGAAGGAAACUGGAAGUUCCCCAGCUCCGCAGUGGAGGAAGGAGAGUCCCUCCGCUUGGCCGCUGAGCGCACCCUUUCCCAAUCCGCCGGUGUCAACAUGAACACCUGGAUGGUCGGCUACCACCCCGUCGGAUGGCACCAAUUCAACCCCCCUCGCGCGAAGAAGGGCGAAACCACCGAGGUCAAGGCUCCCGGUAACAAGGUCUUCUUCCUGAAGUCCCGCAUCAUGGCCGGUCAGGCCGAUCUGUCCGUCAACACCCAGAACCUGAAGGAUUUCAAGUGGCUGUCUAAGGACGAGCUCCCGCAAUACUUGAACACCCAAUACUACAGCAACAUCAAGAACAUGCUGGCCGACCGGUAA